GAGAUAUUAUGAUACCCCAGUAAUGUCAGCUACUGCAUUUCCUCCAAAUCUUAAACCUCAUAAGUUCUACAAGUUAGAUGAACACUACAGAAGAGAUCAUGCUAAAUAUGGUGAAACCAUGACAACCUUUGGUGACUUUGGCAAUGUGUACAUGAUGGAUGAUUUAACAGUUAUUAAAAAGGUAAAAUUCCAGAACUAUGAUUUUGACAUUGACAAUACAGUAUAUAAGAAAUUGUUCAACAGACAACAUAAACACAUUGUAGAUCAUAUAUGGGCAGCUGUCUACAAUGAUAUAGAGGAAAUUCAUAUCUGUACCACAUUCUUUAGAGGAGGAACAUUAGAAGAUUUACUGCAGAGCAGAAUGUUAUUAAACCCUGUUAUUGUACAAGAAUACCUUCUACAAAUACUAGAUGCUGUAAUUUAUCUACAUGAUAAAUGUGGAAUUAUCUAUUUAUAUUGGACUACUUCCAAUAUGUUGUUCCUUGACCCCAUCAGAAAGCAUAUCCUGAUAUCAAACUUGUCUCUCUCUGUACCUAGUAAUACAGACUUUGAUGUUGGUUAUAUCAAGCAGUCUUUGCCCCCAUGUCUUACACCCCCAGAGAUAAUGAAUGGAGAUGACAGCUUAAAGUUAACUGGAGUGACAGACUGUUGGGGAUUAGGUUGUAUGACAUUAGAAAUGUUAAUAGGAAAACAGAUGUGGUAUAACGAAAGACAUUACCAGAAAACUAAACUUAUAGACAAGAUAAAAACUAAAGAUAUUAGUCCACAACAGUACAUUCAUAAACACAUAAUGCCAGGAAUUUUCCAUUCUGUAUUAACUAGAUGUUUUGAGUUUGAUGUAAGAAACAGGAUUGGUUGUGAAGAAUUACAGAAUCAACUGAAGAACUGGAAAUACAACUAAAGAAAUGAAAGACAGAUGAAAUUAAGACCUAAGAAAUGAAAGACAGAUGAAAUUAAGAGCUAAAGUGUAACUUCCAACAAGACCUGGAAAUAUGUGAACAUGUAGCAAACUGUCCCCCGUCUGAACAGUUAUUAGUGCCAUUAAUUGACCGGUGCCAUUUCUUAAGUUACUGAUUAGAAGUUUAUAAUAUGCAAACUGACCACCAAAUAUCAUGUCUUUUCUUGACAGUUUGUUGAAAUUAAUAUGUGCACACAUUCUAUCAUCCCAGAUAUCAUUUAAAAUGAAAUCUGUACUUCAUUAAUUACAGUAAUAUAUUUUUGACUGAUAUUUAAAUGUUUUAAAUAUUCACAUAAAACAUCAAUGUAAUUUUGGUAAAUAGAACAAUUUGUGAUCACUUAAUGUAAUUUUGGUAUAUACUGUAAAUUCAGAAAUUAUUGCGUGCAUUUAUUAUUGCGAUUUUGUCAUUUGACAAUUGAAUGCGAUUUGAAUUUUUAUGAUUUUGAGAAAAGCCAUGCUUAAUUCAGUUAAAAUAUUACAAAAUGCGCGUUUUAACUAUUACAUUUACAACUUAGUCGCAUUAUUUGCAAUAAUAAAAACCUCGCAAUAAUUUCUGAAUUUACAGUAGAACAAUUUGUAGCAUUUAUUUAAAAGUUGUCUCAUGAUUUUUUGUAGAAAUCCAUGUUGAACUGUUGUCAGGGUAACAGUUGAUAAUGUAUUGGACUGUUUGUUUAUUAUUUUGUAAUUAUUUAAUGCUGUACAUCAGGGUUGAGAUUGGGGUCUUCAUUGUUUGUUACUUAGGCCAUUUUUUCUCCUUUGUUUUGUAUUUUAGCACCCUAUUCAGACCCUCUGAUCAGUGUUAUUUAUAUGUAUCAUUUUUAUAUGCUCAGUAUAAAUGAAACCAGGCAUUGUUUAUGUUUCAAUAAGGCAGCAAUUUGACAAUACAACACAAUAAGAAAGACAUCUCAAGGUUACCAUAUAGUUGUCAGAAUUAGAUAGAUUACUGUACAAAAUAAUAUGAGGCAGGCAUUACCUGUGAAUGGGGACGAAGUCUGUCUUUUUUUUUUUAAUUCAAACAUGUUGAUAAAAGAAACGGAAAUAUCAUAACAUUUCCACUAUCGGUUCUGUUGUUAGGGAUUUAGUUGUGACGUUAUUUUCAAUGUAAACAAAGAAACGCUGGUAUCCAGGUAACGUUUUUUUUCAUUUCAAACAAUUAUUAAAAAUGAUUGGGUGUUGAAUUCCUUCCUAUAUUUGUUUAUAUGUUGAUAAAUAUAGAUUUUAUUCAAAGUCUCAUGCAAACAAGAUCGGAAACGGAAGUAGAUCUGAAAAAAAAGUUAAUGAUUUUGAGUUCAUUAAUAGAAUGAAAAAUUCGGGAAAUUUUCCCGAAAUUUUUGAUUUUUUUUAUUGAUUUGUCUACCGUUAUUAGGGACUUCAUCCCCAUAUUAAGUUCUAAAUUAAUGCAAGACUAGCUAUGGGUAAAUUUCACACUGACACACAAAUUAAACUUUUAGUAUUAUGUGUGUUCAGGAUUUCCUAAAAUCACAACAAUUUUAUCUGUCAUUUGUGUUGAUUGGCCAGCAAUCAAAAUAAUAAAUGCUACACACAUAUCUGAAUUAGCAGAUAUAUAACACAUAUUAUAAAACAAAAUGGAUUUUGACAAGAAAGUGAAAUAUAGUUAUCUGUAAUCUUCAUUUUUGUCGAGCCUAUGUCUUUUGUUGCAAUAAUGAGACAUAGCUUUCCUACAUCCCGUCAACGGCAGCGGCGGU